AUGAAUCAAUUUGAGGAGGAUGUUUCAAUGCCUCUAAGUCCUAUGGCGGAUUACUUUAGCAGCUCUGUGAUAAAUGUAUUCGUUCUUGGUGUUAUGGAAUCUGAGAUUCCAAUUGAUGACUCAAGAGUCAUGCCUUUGCUUGAGGACAUGUUCCUUCCCAUCAGCAGGCGCUUCUCUUCUGUCUUGGUUGUGGACAAGAAAGGAAAGAAGGGAUGGAAAGAAGUUCAUGUUAAUCUCAAAGAACACAUCAAGACUCCCACAUUUACAACCAUCACGCCACUUAAAUUAUAUGAUGAGUACCUUGAUCAAUACAUGUCAAAAAUAGCUAUGGAACAGUUAUCACUUUAUAAACCACUUUGGGAAAUGCAUAUAAUUAAGUAUCCAACGAGUAAUGCCGCUGGAACAUUUAUAUUUAAGCUCCAUCAUGCACUUGGAGAUGGCUACUCUUUCAUGACAACGUUGCUUUCAUGUGUACAAAAUGCUAACAAUCCUUCUAUUCCCGUAAAAUUUCCUUCAAGGCCAAGUUCAGUGAAAUCAAAAAGUACCACAAUAACCAAGCUAAAAAUGUUACCUCAAACAGUGUCUAUGGUAUGUAAGAGUGUAUUUGAUUUUGGGUGGAAUGUGUUAAAAGAUAGCUUGAUUGCAGAUGAUCAAACACCAAUAAGGUCAGGGCGUAAAGAUGUUGGGUUUCGGCCUAUGGCUAUCUCAAAUGUUUCUCUCUCUUUGGAAGCCAUCAAAGAAGUCAAACAUAAGUUGAAUGUGAGCGUAAAUGAUGUCUUGGUUGGUGUAAUUUUCUUGGCUAUUCAACUAUACAUGGGAGCAAUGAACCAUAAAUCAAGCAAAGCAAAGGCUACAGCAUUGGUGCUGCUGAAUACUAGAAAAAUCAGAGCUUACAAACCAGUGAAGGAGAUGCUUCAUACCAACGAGGCUCCAUGGGGGAAUCGAUUCCACUUCAUGCAUGUUCCAAUUCCCAAAUUAAGUGAUGCUCGUUCUUUAAACCCACUUGAGUUUGUGUCAGAAGCCAACAAAAGUAUCACUAGGAAAAGAAAUUCUUUGGCUGAAGUACCACUAACUGACUUGCUUUUGCGCUUGGUGAACCAAAUCAAUGGCCCAGAGGCUGCAGCAAAACACGUAUUCAAGACAUUGAAUAAUACAAGUUUAAGCAUCUCACACAUGGUUGGACCAGUGGAUCAAGUGGCUUUGGUUAAUCAUCCUAUCAAAGGCAUAUACUUUAUGACCGUUGGUUUAUCGCAGAGUAUUACGGUGACUAUAACAAGUUACGUGGGAUGUAUACGAGUUGGGUUUGGAGUAGAGAAAGAGUUCAUAGAUGAACGCCAACUCAAGUCAUCUUUCGAAACUUCUCUGGAGAUGAUGCUGGAAGCAGCAAGAAAUGUUGCUACUAAAAACUAA